AUGCUACGUUUCUCGAAGGAAGAUAUUCCAGGGAGGCAGCGGAUCCUGUUUCUUCCUCCUCAGCAGAUCUUUCGGGCCGCGAGAGAUUUCCCUUCAGUUGCUAUGAAUCCUGCCUUAUUCAAAGGCGGCAAGCCCCAUGCAAGUCUGCGGUCUUUUCCCACCCAGCGCCCAUCUUUGACAUAUCGCGUCAACCAAAAUCGCUACACUCGACUUCUGGACCGCGCUCCUGAGAAGCAUGAAACCGAUGUCAACAUGAGCUCCGACUCGACCGCUGAAUUGCUCGUAGCAAUGAAGCGCACCAAACUGGCCACUAGAUUCUUGCACCUGCCAAACGAAUUACAAUUGGCGACUCUAUCAAAUCUCACAGCUAGGGAGAUCCAACGUGCGCGUCGCGUCUGCCGUCACUUCAAUACCUUGAUCCAGGAGCCAAGCAACUCGAACACUCUCUACACCCGCGCCCAAAAUCGCGAAUACGAGCGCCUUCAAGCCGACGUGAGCAAUUUCCUCAACUACAGCAACAUCACCUUCAUCGAAGCUCUACGACGCUUCAGUGAGCGUCGAGGCAUCUGGUCCCACGAGGCGCAUCAGCGGUGCAUCCUCGAAGUUCUCGUGCAUCUAUGGAUGUCGCAGCACGAGCACGUUUGUGCUGGGAUGCUCCCGAGUUUCGUCGCGACUCAUUUGCAGAGAGAAACUGCAUGGAUGGUCGCCGCUCGCUUGCUCGACGUCCAUCGUGAAGCUCUCUUGCUUCAACCCCCGAUGUACGUCCUGCCCCCGAUGGCCCAGGUCUGUACCUACAGUGCGGCUGCUCGCAGUAGAGCUUGGAGAAUGGAUGUCGCGCAGAAGGCUCUCUUCCACAAAGUCCCAUCGGCACCAUCCCCGCUUCUGGCGAUUCCACUGUGGCCACUGACACCGUUAUACUACAUCGACCAAGGCGAUCACACACGUGGAUUUGAUUUCUUCUUGGGUAUCUGCGGUCAAAACAGCUUGGCGGAGCUCCUUGGAGUCCCAGAGCUGCCUGCAUAUUGCAAUGGAAGCUUCGCAUACUGCGCCAGAUCGCAGAAGACUUAUGAUCUGGUUGUUGAGGGCAGGAGGAAGGGAGGAAUGUCGUUGGUGGAGCGGGUGAGGGUUAUGGAGGACAUGUUUCUAGGGACACUUGGAUGCAUUGAGGAGCGAAUCUGGAUUGGUGAACGAUUGCGAUAUUGGGCAACUCGCCUUCAUUAUAUGCAGGCUAGUCCUAGAUAA